AUGGGCCGGGGGCUGCUCGGGGGCCUGUGGCCGCUGCACGUCGUCCUGUGGACGCGCAUCGCCAGCACGAUCCCGCCGCACGUUCCCAAGUCGGUUAACAGUGACAUGGUGGUCACUGACGGCAACGGCGCUGUCAAGCUGGCGCAGCUGUGUAAGUUCUGCGACGUGAGGUCGUCCACCUGUGACAACCAGAAGUCCUGCUGGAGCAACUGCAGCAUCACGGCCAUCUGCGAGAAGCCGGAGGAGGUCUGCGUGGCCGUCUGGAGGAAGAAUGAUGAGAACAUCACGCUGGAGACGGUCUGUCACGACCCCAAGAUUGCCUACCAUGGAUUUGUCCUGGAUGAUGCUGCUUCUUCAAAGUGUAUUAUGAAGGAAAGAAAGGGGUCUGGAGAGACUUUCUUCAUGUGCUCCUGCAGCUCCGAAGAGUGCAACGACCACAUUAUCUUCUCCGAAGGUGAUAACCCCGACUUGCUGUUGGUCAUCUUCCAAGUGACAGGCGUCAGCCUCCUGCCACCGCUGGGCAUUGCCAUCGCAGUCAUCGUCACUUUCUACUGCUACCGCGUGCACCGGCAGCAGAAGCUGAGCCCAGCCUGGGACUCGGGCAAGCCGCGCAAGCUGAUGGAGUUCAGCGAGCACCUGGCCAUCAUCCUGGAGGACGACCGCUCCGACAUCAGCUCCACCUGCGCCAACAACAUCAACCACAACACGGAGCUGCUGCCCAUCGAGCUGGACACCCUGGUGGGCAAGGGGCGCUUUGCUGAGGUCUACAAGGCCAAGCUGAGGCAGAACACGUCUGAGCAGUUCGAGACGGUGGCCGUCAAGAUCUUCCCCUAUGAGGAGUAUGCCUCCUGGAAGACAGAGAAGGACAUCUUCUCAGACAUCAACCUCAAGCACGAGAACAUCCUGCAGUUCCUGACGGCCGAGGAGCGCAAGACGGAGCUGGGCAAGCAGUACUGGCUCAUCACGGCCUUCCACGCCAAGGGCAACCUGCAGGAGUACCUGACGCGCCACGUCAUCAGCUGGGAGGACCUGCGCCGGCUGGGCGGCUCGCUGGCCCGCGGCAUCGCGCACCUGCACAGCGACCACACCCUGUGCGGCCGGCCCAAGAUGCCCAUCGUGCACCGGGACCUCAAGAGCUCCAACAUCCUGGUCAAGGGCGACCUCACCUGCUGCCUCUGCGACUUCGGGCUCUCCCUGCGGCUGGACCCCACGCUGUCUGUGGAUGACCUGGCCAACAGCGGGCAGGUGGGAACGGCGAGGUACAUGGCUCCAGAGGUCCUCGAGUCCAGGAUGAAUCUGGAGAAUGUCGAAUCCUUCAAGCAGACGGAUGUCUACUCCAUGGCCCUGGUGCUCUGGGAGAUGACGUCUCGCUGCAACGCAGUGGGAGAAGUGAAGGACUAUGAGCCUCCAUUCGGGUCUAAGGUGCGGGAACAUCCCUGUGUGGAAAGCAUGAAGGACAAUGUGCUGAGAGAUCGAGGCCGACCAGAGAUUCCCAGCUCCUGGCUCAACCACCAGGGCAUCCAGACGGUGUGCGAGACGCUGGCCGAGUGCUGGGACCACGACCCCGAGGCCCGGCUCACGGCGCAGUGCGUGGCGGAGCGCUUCAGCGAGCUGGAGCACCUGGACAGGCUCUCGGGGAGGAGCAGCUCAGAGGAGAAGAUCCCUGAAGAUGGCUCCCUCAACACUACCAAAUAG